UGUUGCUAAACUGGAGUGACUUCUCUCAACGCACCGAGAAAUUAUUGUUUGAAGAAGGUGCAAAAGAUUUGCUGACUUGUCUUCUAUCAUGGAGGAAGCCACGGAAAUGAUGAGGUCCUUCUCAGACUGUGCCUAUCAGAUCCACAUGAAGGAUGCGUUUCAAAGAGCCACACAACGUCUAUUCGGUGAAGCAUUUACCAUCACUCUUAACAUGCAAGAUCGGAUGCAGUUUUAUUGUACGGUUUGCAACAAGGAGAUGAACUGUGUGAAUUCAGUGACAGAACACACCCACUCUGGAGCACACCAAAAGAAUGUAGACAGAGGAAAGGGAAGUGAUGAGAACAGGAAUAGAACAGCUGCACAACAAUAUAAAAAGAAUUCUCUGCAGUACAAACUUCUCACCAGCAGCACUCAAGCUGUAGGUCUUCAGAUGGUGGAGGAGUUUCGAGUAAAUUCAGCAAGUAAAACAUACUUCAAGUGUAACCUGUGUGGAGCCCAUGGCCGAAUGGACUCUAUGUAUUAUCAUCUGAUAGGAGUUAAACACACAGAAAAAUAUAUUAGAAGGAGGGUCAAUAUCGAGGAAUCUGUACUGCAUUCAAAAACCCGUGAAGAAAAGCAGCAAGGUUCUUAA